AUGGUGAUGGGGAGUUUACUGGGGCACGAGAGCACCCAUGGGUGUUUGGGCGCAGCAGUUGGACCCAUCUUGCACCGGGCCGGAGCGGCGGCCAAAGCGCUGCAGCCGGGUGGUAAUCCGAGAGGAAGUCUGGAGCAAACAGAGACAUGUGCUGCCACCAGCCUGGGCACAAACACUGGCACAGACAUGGGCAGAAGCUCACUCGUGCUCCUCGGGGUGCUGGUGGCCGGAGCGCAGACGGAUAUGAAGAGGGUGGUGGGAGACAACGCCACGCUGCCCUGUCACCAUCAGUUCUGGGUGGGAGACGACCCCACACUGGACAUCGAGUGGCUCCUGCUCAAACCCAACAACAAGCACAGAGUGAUCAUCACGUACUUUGCGGGCCGCGUGUACGACCAUAACGAUGAUAACCGUGUGGCGUUUGCGGGCGAGUACCUGAAGGGCGACGCCUCCCUCCUCAUCAGUGACCUCUCCCUCAGCGACUCUGGAGAGUACAGCUGCAAAGUGAAGACCGGAGCGCAGUACCACUGGAGCACCAUCAGCCUCAUAGUACUCGUGAAGCCAUCAAAGCCUCGCUGUUGGAUGGAGGGGAAGCUCCUGGAGGGGGGAGACGUGAAGAUGAGCUGUAAGUCCUCAGACGGCUCAGACCCCAUUCACUACAAAUGGGAGCGGGUCCUGGACAAGGGCAAGUACGUGGGAAAGCUCCCUCCCAUGGCUCUCAUAGAUUUGAAAAACCCAGAGAUCGUGACGCUGAGAAACCUGACGAAGGAGAGUGCCGGCGUUUACAAGUGCACGGCCAGUAACGACGUGGGAGAGGAGAGCUGCACCGUGGAGGUCAAGAUGCACUAUGUGAGGGGAAUGGGCGUGGUCGCUGGUGCCGUGGUGGGCGUGUCCUUCGGCGUGCUCCUCAUCAUCCUCAUCAUCUGGCUGGUGUUCCGCAAGAAGGAGAUGAAGAAGUACGAGGAGGAGGAGACGCCCAAUGAGAUCAGGGAGGACGCCGAGGCUCCCAAGGCCAAACUGGUGAAGCCCAACUCUCUGUCGUCAUCCCGCUCUGGCAGCUCCCGCUCGGGCACCUCCUCCACCCAGUCCAUGGUCCACAACAUGCCCCCGCGCCCCCAGCGAGCGUGCGUGCCCGCCGUCGCCGCCCUCAAAGAGAACUGCCACCAGGCCCCGGGCAGCUUCUCCCAGAGUCCCCCCGGCUACUCCCAACAGCAGCCGGCCGGGUACCCCCAAACCCUGCCCAAGACGCCCGAACCUCGCGCCACCCCCACCUCCUCCUCCACCACCACCACCUCCAAGCCCAGCCCGCCGCCCAAACUCAGCCCCGCCAACCUGUCUCGUAUGGGGGCCACUCCGGUCAUGAUCCCAGCCCAGAGCAAGGCCUUCCAGACUGUCUAG